AGCAUUCCGUCACACGCAAUUCUCACACGCUUCCUUUCUAUAUAUGACUGAACGGCGAUUUUUAACUUAACUCUCUUUUUGGUUGAUCCUCUCCAACGGCCUCCAAUUCUGAUUCCGAUUCCGAUGGCGCUCUGGAGUACUGGGCUAAACCCAGCACUGGAGACGAACAGCUUAGCUUAUUCAACCCGAAAUUUGUCGACAAGACUUGUUGUACCUGUUCCCUUGCGUUUUAUUAGGAAAUUCUCUAAUCUAGGCAGAAGACAACAUGAACGAAUUUACUGUUCUUCAUUAAGGAAAGCCUCCUCUGCGUCUUCUAUGGAGUCACAAGAAGAUGCUCCCGGUGCUUUAUCAGCUUCCGUGGAGGAAGAACUGGAUCAUGUUAUGCGGUUCAAAAUGUCAGACUUUAAGAUUUUAGAUCGCAUCAGUGUUGGCCUUGGGGGGCGGGCGGAUGAGGUAGUUUUUGAAGCCGUUGUGAAGGAUGUUGGUAGCCCCUUAUAUAAUACGAGUGUUGUACUUCGGCAACUAUCCAGUGUGCAAGCUCAGCGUCGAGGGAAACGGGCUAUAGAGGUAUUGAAGAAGCUGGUUCGCCGUAAACUUAUGUAUCAUUCUUACUCGUUGCAAGUACAUGGCUAUAUCUCAUUGCCUGCAGAUGAUCAUCGGGGCUCAUUUAUCCUAGUCCAUGGGUAUCAUGGUAGUUUUUCUUUGAGGCAUUGGCUUCAACAGUCAGAUUGGCUUCCAACUUUAGAGGCCACCCUUGCCCUGGAUGAAGAGUAUGUUAGGAAGGUUGGGGAAGACACAACUGGCGGUCCUGCCAUUUCUAGGAAGCUGAGGAUUAUUCGCAUAUUGAUGAGGGAUCUUUUAAUUGGAGUAAAUUACUUACACAGCCAUGGUCUUGCCCAUACUGAGUUGAGGCUAGAAAAUUUGCAUAUAAGCCCUGUGGACCGACAUAUUAAAGUAGGUAUAUUGGGAAAUGCCGCUGACUUUUAUGAGGAUGGUUCGGAUACUGCUUCAGUGGACAGCAUGGACAGGCGACAGAUGAUGAUUGCAUUUGACAUGAGAUGUGUUGGUUUCAUUAUGGCAAAAAUGGUGUUGCCGGAGCUUAUGGAUCCUUCGAUCUUCGCAAAGUGCAAAGCAUUCCUCACAAAGGGGUAUGAUCCUUCAUGUUUACGUGAGCUUAUGUUGGAAAUUGUUGGUGGGAAUUCCUCAUCUGGAAAUGCUGGACAACAAAUACUUGAUAGGAACUGGGGUGCAGGGUGGCAUCUCUUAUCCUUGUUGCUUGCAACUAAACCUUCUAAAAGGAUAAGUUGUUUGGAUGCUCUUAGACAUCCAUUCCUUUGCGGGCCAAGAUGGCGAGUAGUCCCAUCAAUGGAUAUUAUUCGAUGGGGUCUCGGGUCUACUGCAGUGCGGAUCACUGAGGAAUACAUCUAUCGUCAGCCUCAGCGAAAUAGGCUUGCCCACUUCAUUGAGUUAAUGGAGAUGUUGAAUCCUCACUCAAAGCCCAAGAACUGGCUGGAGCUGCUGCCAGGCAAAUGGCGUCUCCUGUACUGCACUGGGAAGCAUAUUGGGCUGACCCUUCGCCAACCUCCUGCCCGUGUACUCAUUAAAGAUGUGCAUCUUACUGUCAGUAGAGCAUCAAAGUUGAAGGCUAACUUUUCAUUUGUCUCCAACAUUGGAUUCACUGUCAUGAUUGGUCAGGACUGGCCACAUGACAAAUCUGGUAAAAACGGGAGUUUGGAAGUGGAAUCUUCAUUUGGAUUAAUGGCCGGGAGACGAUUAUAUAUUAAGCAAGAGAAGCAAGAGAAGGCCACAGAUAAGUUCUCCUUUGGUCAUUCCAGCAGCGAGAUGGACUUAGCUCAGAAAAUAUCUGGCAAGAAAUGGAGAAAAGUAAUCCCUUUCAAAGAGUUUCCGUCAAGUCUUCCUGCAGCCAAGCUUGUACCAGGUGACAUUGAUGUGACUAUGACUCUCGAUGAUCCAUUGAAUCAAGAUCUUGGUACGGCAAGAAAUGUCCUUCAAGAAGUAAGAACGCAGGUUCCCCCAGAAAUGUUUGAUUUGUCGAAGUUGGUGUGUGGAACGUAUGUGGAUUCUAGGCUUCUUGUCCUUCGUGGGGUUAAUGGUUCAGCCCUCUUGUUUACGAGGUCUUUUGUGGAUAACAGUAUUUGUAGAUGAUUAUUUGGAUUCAAUGAAGCAUUUUUUCCUGUAUAAUUGCUUUUGUGAAUAACAAUAGUUAUAGAAUAACUGUUAUAAAUUCCAUAAAAGCAUGUAUAUUUUAUUCCGUAUAGAAAGUAUAAAAUCAAGCCAAAUUAUCAUGAGAUGUAACUAAUUUUAGAGUCUGUAUAAAACAUUAGCUUACAUUCUA